GCUCAUGAUCCCCAUCUCUCGCUGCUACUCGCCUGUUGACAGGUGGUCACUCAUUUUCAUAGCCUAAUUUUUUCAAUCGUCAAGGGUUCUUCCAGCCACAUAAUACAUUGUAUUCAUCAUGUGUUCGCAGAAUUUUGUAAGUUACCUGAGCACAGCGGUCAUGGUCUACAAUCUGGUGGUUAACUAUUCACAACUGUCUCGUCGACCAAAUAGAACGUGCGUCUCUGUUAUUAAUCAAAUAUCAAUUUGCUACCUCAUGAUUCUGACAUUCCUUUCCCGCAGGAGGCAGGUACUUUUACUAUGUGGAGUUGUUUCUGAUACCCAUACUUUCAACCUUUGGCUAGACCGAAGUCGGGCGAAAUGACAUCAUCCGCACCCUUCAACCUUUGGUAGGUCGUUUUUCCUCCAUAUUGAUUCUCAGCAUUGU